GUCGAACUCAUUCUCGAAAUAUACCAAAGCGGCCACGUGCGUCAGGUCUAUUUACUCCACGUUUUAUAUUAUCCUCAUUCAUUCUUUAUUCCAGCAUUCCACAACAUACUGAUAUCCAACAAUAUACUGAGAUACUACACCAUACUGAGAUUCCACGACAGACUGAGAAACAAAUACCUCAACACGCCUUUAGUGGGAUCAAAAUGAUAAUAACUGAGGUUGAGGGCGAUCUCUUCGACGCUCCCGACGGGGCUGUACUCAUUCACGCUUGCAACUGCCUGGGCUCGUGGGGCGGAGGUAUCGCCAAAGCUUUCCAAGCCAAGUACCCUGCUGCUUACGAAAUUUACAAGGAGCAUUGCAGGGACCUUCGACAAUCUUCUCGAAGUCAAACUCUCAUACAUCCCGACACUGGAGAGGAACAGGAUGUGCGCUUUCCCUUGGGCACUGCUCUCAUUAUUCCACCCCAGAAGGAGGACUAUGAGUCCGAUACCCCCGCCAAAAAACAUUGGAUUGUAUGUCUUUUUACAUCCUAUGCGUAUGGCAGAUCAGUUAGCCCGCCACACAUCGUCCUCGCAAACUCGGUACAUGCCCUUCGGGACAUGAAACGCCAACUUGAGGAAAUUCACAGACAGGGGAAGGCGGAAUGGGAUGGAAAGCUACAUACAUGCCGCUUCAAUUCGGGCUUGUUUCGUGUCAGGUGGGAAGAUUCGAAGGCCGUGCUCGAAAAAGAACUUGAUGAAACGGAGGGUGUUCAGGAGAUUGUGGUGGUUCGACCAAGAGGGGGAUGAUGUCAGUACGAUUUUAUGCUCGAGGUCGCAAGCGAAUGAGAAUUGUGUAAGAAUCUCUGGAGAUUUCUAUUAACGAACACAUU